CCAACAUCGCCAAUGCCGGAGAUUCCCACAAGGACCAGAUCGUCGCGGCCGCCAAACAUGGAUUCGCCCUGAUCAAUCGCGACACCGGCGAGCUGUCGUAUAUCCGCAGAGCAUGGGACGACCCAGACAGGGACCACAGGUAGGUGUCAGAAGUCGGGAUCUGCACAACUCGAAGGCGUGAAUCUGACUCAUCGACAACGCCAUCAAAACAGGAUGCGUUUCAACGACGGAGCAGUCGACAGCCACGGGCGAUUCUGGGCCGGGGCUAUGAAUGACCCCAAGAUCCAGAAGCCUACCAACGAAGGGGUCCUGUUCCGGCUAGAUCCCGACUUGAAACUCCAUCGGAUGGUUGAACAGCUGACGAUCCCCAAUGGGAUUGGUUGGAACCCUGCGGAUGACACCAUGUACCUGACCGACUCCCCUACUGGUAAGAUUUUUGCCUUCGACUUCGAUGCGAAGACCGGAGCAAUCAGCAACCGCAGGGUUCACUUUGAUAUUGGGGAGCCCAAGGAGCCCGAUGGAUUUGCCAUCGAUGAGGAAGGCUGCCUCUGGAGUGCCAUAUAUGGCGGCGGGAAGAUCAUACGCAUCUCGCCAGAGGGAAAAGUGAUCGGCGAAGUGAUCCUGCCUACACGAAACAUUACUUGUCCAACAUUUGUCGGGACCGAGCUCUUUAUCACAACUGCCAAGGACGAUGUGAACGAUGAGCAGCUUCCCAACUCUAUCCGGUAUGGGGGACGGCUUUAUCGCGUGGAUGUCGGUGUUAGAGGAAAGGCUAAGAACCAGUUCCGCUUUCAGGACUGAUCUCAUGGUGAUAACCUAGCAUUCAGAGAGUUGUAGAAAGAAGUAUACUUUGACCGGGAGCUGCUCUGUGUGUAGGCUUUUAGACCAAGCGCCCUUUGAAGGGGCCACAAUGGAGACGCGAAC